AUGUCAACAGUUAUUGGAAUAUCUGCCGAUAGGCUAUUUGCUAUUUAUGGACCACUUGAAAUAGGUACGAUAUGUAGUAUUUUUGGGAUGGGAUUACUGGUCGUAAUAGGAUAUUUCGGCGAUGGUUCCAAGGGAAGGUGGACAACAAAAUCACUAGUAUUGGUCGUUUUAGCUGUCAAUUUCGGUCAAACUAUUUCUGAUUGUUCACGAAUCAUCAAAUUAACCACACUACAUUCAGCGGAUCUACUAUACUUCUUGAAUGUACGAACACGUCCAGAAGAAGUGGUUUCACCAAUUUUAUCAGUGAUAUUAUCAACGAUAACUCAACUUUUCCUUUUAAGGAGAUGUCUUUUGUUUGCGGGAGUCACACGAAACCCAAUAAAUAGAAAUACCGCGAUGUACAAAUUCAAGCUAUGGGGUUUGGGUGGAACCGGAUUGAUCGGUGUCCUGUUUAGUUCUGGGACUGGGUUGGGAGUUCCCAUACGGCUUUGGAAUAUUGGGACCUUAGCUCGAGCAAGUCAAGAUCAUCACUUAACGCUAAUUACUACUUUAUGGCUGGGAUCAUCUUCGGCUAUAGAUAUUUUACUUUCAGGCUACACAAUAUACGCGCUCCGAAAAGCCGAUAAAGGGAAUGAUGAACGAAAUCAAGUUAUCAGUGCUUUAGUAAGACUGACAAUCCAAGCUGGAGGAUUAGUAACUGCAUUACAAAUUGCGACUCUGAUCAUGUACCUGAGAGCAUCAUCAACAUGGGCAGACUUUCCAGCGAUAUUCAUAUCUAAGGUUUAUUCAAUGACUCUAAUAACAUCAAUAUCAAAACCACGUCAAAUUCAGACAAGGUCAGCGCAACCACCAUUACAUACACCAACUAUAUUUGGUCAUUCACCCAUGCCUAUACCUAUCGAAGAAACAUUCUGCCAUGAUAGCUCGAUAUAUGGGCAGCGGACCAAUGGAGAUGCUUGCAUGACUGUAGGUCGUAAUAGUGAGAAUGAAACGAGAGAGCAUACUCUUUGCGGUAGUCCAAAAGAGGAGAGGGAAUACAAAUGUCUUUCAAGCUUAGCUGAAAAGGACAUUGUAUAA